UGCAUUCUUGAAACAUUCAAUCAGCGUGCUUCUGUACAUUCAAGCAGCGUGCUUCUAUACGUAGGUAGAAGGUGAGAAUUGUGCUGCAUUCUUGAAACAUUCAAUCAGCGUGCUUCUGUACAUUCAAGCAGCGUGCUUCUGUACGUAGGUAGAAGGUGAGAAUUGUGCUGCAUUCUUUCUUUCAAGAAUGCUUCUGAACGUUAACUCUGUUAAACUUUUGUCGCCGCCAUUGAUAUUUGAGGUGAAGCAAAGUCCUGGCUAAGAACUUGUGAGUUUGCAGGUUAGCAAGUUUCAAACUGCAGAACAGAGGAAAGUAAGUAGUCUGUAAGGAUACAGCUUUUUAUUAUUCUCGUGAUAUAUAGAAGAUGCAGGUUUUCAAUUGCAAGAGUCUGAGCGUUAGAGCCAGUGCUCUGCUGAAGUUUUUAACACCAGCCAUUCUGGAAAUUUAUAUAUCUGAUCUGAAAUUGCCCAAGGAUAAGCAAAAUCCCCUCUUUCACCAGUUUUACGAUACACUUGUAAGAGGUGCCGAACUCGUGAAAAAAUGCGAAAAUAUUAGCAUUUUCAGCCUCCCUCUCAUUUAUAGGUAUGCUUCGCAGAUUCUCAAGCUUGAGAAGGAUAUUAAUGGCUUCCUGGGCUUAGUUCCAGCCCAGAUAUUGCUUGAUACCAGAGGUCUUUUAGCAGAGCUAAAAAAUAAUUACCCAUCUGAGGCUGCAGAUAUAAGCAGAGGACUGAAUGAUUUCAUCUUCAAGAAAGCUUCCAUGCUAACAAACAACCCUUCCCAAAAUACCAUGAUGCUUCAGCAAAUGGUUUUGGAUGAUUUGUUUGACUGUAACGACAGUGUAGGAGAUUCUGUAAGCUAUAAUUAUGAUAAUGGUUAUGGAAAAUCUGAAAUUUUCGUUGGUUUGGAGAAAUCCAUUGGGGAUUUGAAGGAGCUUUUGUUCAACAAAGAAAUGUCUGUCGUUGGAGUUCAGUGUAUGGGAGGAGGUGGUAAAACCACACUAGCCUUGGCUCUCUGCAACAAUUCUCAAAUCAAAGAUUAUUUUGGAAACAACAUAAUUUUCAUCACAGUUUCAGAGUCCCCAAAUCUCAAAACCAUUUUAGAGACUAUGUGGGAAAAGAUAGUUGGAAAGCAGAAACCUGAGUUUCAGAAUGUGGAAGACGCACAUAUACAGCUGCAGCAGCAGCUUCUAAAGCAAUUGAAGCCAACUCUGGUGAUUCUGGAUGAUGUCUGGAACAGAGUAGGCCUAGAAAAUUUGCUAUUUGAAGGCCCAGGGUACAAAACCCUCAUCACAACUAGAGACAGUUCCAUUAUACCAAAAGACCUCUCUACUCAAGUGUAUCAGUUGCCAUUGCUGGGCCAGGAAGAUGCUCUUUCGCUUUUCUGCUUCUGGGCAUUCGGACAGACAUCAAUUCCAUGGACUGCAGAUGCGAAUCUAGUGAAGGAGGUCCAAGCGGAAUGCAAAGGUUUGCCAUUAGCUCUUAAGGUGAUUGCAAGCUCGUUGCAUGGCGAACCUCCUGUAGUCUGGGAGAUUGCAAAGAAUAAGCUUUCCAAAGGGGAACCAAUAUCAGAUUAUCACAAAGAAGGGCUUUACAAAUGCUUGGAGACGAGUAUUGAGUUGCUAGAUGAUGUGGUGAGAGAAUGUUUCUUAGACUUGGGGUCAUUUCCAGAGGACACAAAGGUCUGUGCUGAUGCACUGCUAGAUAUAUGGGUUUAUGUUCGGAAUCUGGAAUGGCAGGAUGCCUUUGUCACCCUGUUGGAACUUGCAAGCCGAAAUCUGUUGAAUUUAACCAGCAAUUCAGGGAGCGGAGCAGCAAUUUCUCAUGGAAGUGUCUCUGAGCUGUACUUUUCUCAGCACGAUGUAAUGAGAGAUUUGGCCUUGUAUUUGGGAUGCCAGGGCGAUUUAGUGCACAGGAAGAGGUUCCUUAUGCCCAGAAAGGAGCUUACUUUGCCAGGGUCAUGGGCGUUUUGUGAUACACAGAUUGAUGCUCAAAUUGUCUCUGUUCAUACAGGCCCUAUGGGGGAAAAUCAGUGGUACGAGAUGAAUUUCCGCGAAGCAGAGGUUCUGAUAUUACUCUUUACUGCGAGCGAAUAUUACCUCCCUCCAUUUUUGAAAUCCAUGAAGAAACUGAAAUUUCUCAUGGUAUACAAUUAUGGCACAAAGAGGGCAACUGUGAAAGGUUUAGAAACCCUAUCUUCACUCACCCAACUCAAAAGUGUCCGCUUGGAGAAGGUGAUUGCAACAGCUGUACUAAAACAGAGCAAAGCACUGCAGAACUUGGAGAAGCUAUCUUUAAGCUUAUGUGAAGGGUUUAAAAAUACAUCCACAUUCAACAAUACCAAGCUGCAUGAUUUUAACAUGGACCACUGCAGUGAUUUAGAGGAGUUGCCCCCAAAUAUCUGCUAUAUGCCUUCUGCUCACAUGUGGUCUAUUACCAACUGCCAUCAGGUUCAGAAGUUACCAUAUGACCUUGCGAAUCUGAGCUCUCUAAGAGUGUUAAGGUUGUCAGCACUACCAGGCCUAAAAGAGCUGCCAUCAUCAAUUGGAAACCUUGGGUGGUUGGAAUAUCUAGAUAUUUCAGUAUGUGUGGGUCUGAAAGAACUUCCAGAGGAAAUAGGCCAACUGAAGAAUUUAAGUGAGUUAGAUAUGAGAGAGUGUUCUCGUUUGAAGAGGUUGCCUAGAAGUGUUUUGGGACUAACUUCCCUGAAACAUGUUAUCUGUGAUGAGAAGAUUGGGAAACAGUGGUUGAAGGCCAAGGGAAUUGCUAUCCCAGAGCUCAGAGUUGAAAUUGUGGAAGUACAAUUCAGUUUGGAUUGGCUUGAUCAUUGACUCGCAUCUUGAGCAAACGUUUCUCCAUCCCAAAGUCAGUUUGAUUCUGUUUUUUGUGUAGCUUGGAAUAUGUAGCAGUGGGGUUCCUUGGUCACUUGGACAUUUGCACUGAAGUUAUAUUAGUAUGGAAGUUUGAAUUGUCUACAGGUUAAUUAAACUUUUCCUGAACAUCAGUUUAUUAUUUUUAGUUUGAGUUAUAUGUAAUAGUUAGCUACAAUUUGUGAUAAUUAUAUAAUCUUAACUCUGUUUGACUAUUUUAUAUUUGACGAAAUUAAAAUUAGUGAAAAUAAUUUAAA